AUGGAUUCUUUGAUACCUUUCACCACCUCGGGGUCUCUUGUAGACUGCGUCGACAGAAAGAUGCUGGUCGUCCUGAGAGAUGGUCGAAAACUACAGGGCGUAUUACGGUCUUAUGAUCAGUUCGCCAACCUGGUCCUAGAGGAUACAGUUGAACGCAUAUACUUUCGGGAUCUCUUUGCGGAGACAUGGCGAGGGCUAUUCCUCAUUCGAGGCGAAAACGUAGUGCUGCUUGGUGAAGUCGACCUCGACCAAGAAGACGAUGUUCCAUUGCGGCAAGUGGCAUGGAAUGAACUGGAGCCAUAUUACCAGCAGGAGCUUGCAGCGAAGAGAAUACGUGAAGAAACGAAAGCGCAAGUGUUGUUCGAGCAGAAGGGAUUCUGCAAGGAAGGUGGAGAAGGCGACGGAUACUGA